AUGAAGUUUGACGAAGUCCUUAAAGUUCUCGGGGAAUUCGGGAGAUACCAAUGGUUCGCUUUCUUCUUCCUGCAUGCGGUUAAUUUCGUCGGGCCCUUCUCGGCUCUCGCGUACGUGUUCUACACGGGAAAGACCGACCACUGGUGUAAGGUGUUCGACAAGCCCAACUGCACCGCGUACGGCUUGAACUCCGUGGCGGAAUGCAACCAAGCCAUGAAGGCGGUCAGCAUCCCGCCGGCACCGGGCUACCCAGAGGAUGCCGAGUACUCGCACCAAACCUGCCGGCAGUAUGACCUGCCCAAAGGACUACAGUUCAGCCCUGAUAUUAACUACACUGACUACAAUGCAUCCAUUGUGGACUGCAAGAGAGGCUGGGAGUAUGAUACGUCACAAUAUAACACCACAAUUAUCAUGGAUUGGGACCUCGUGUGUACAGAUAAGGGAACCGCCAACAUGAUCAAUUCGAUCUUCUUCUUCGGAUUUAUGGCUGGCUCCUUCGUCUUUGGUGUAAUUUCAGAUUGGUUUGGCCGUAAGAAUGCUCUGAUUGUAGCCAUGCUAAUGUGGUUCCUUGGACUUCUAGCCACUCCCUUCUGUAGUGAGCUGUGGCACCUCUAUCUGGUCCGGUUCAUUACCGGCAUGGGCCAGCUAGGACGUUGGAUCCCCGCUUAUGUUAUGGUCAAUGAAUUUGUUGGACAGCGUUGGCGUAUAGUCGUUGGUGUCCUGAUCGGUGUGUCAUACUCUAUGGGUUACAUGCUGGUAGCCAUCAUAGCGAUGUACAUUGAUAAGUGGCGUGUACUGGCCUUCAUCCCUGUAAUACCAGUCUUCCUAUGUAUCAUCCUUACCAUGUUCCUGUCCGAGUCUGUCCGGUGGCUCCUAUCCAAGGGUAGAGUCAAGGAGGCCGAGGACGUCAUCAGGAAGGUUGGUAAAUGGAACGGUAAGAAGCUCCCGGAUGUCAUCUUUGAAGAGAAAGAAAUCCUUGAGUUUAAGGAAGGCGCCAAGGGCCGCCUACCAUCUUUUUUAGAUCUGUACCGCACUCCUAACAUGUGCUUCAAGACGAUCAUUUUACAAUACAACUGGAUGGUAAAUAGCAUGGUGUACUACGGCCUAUCUCUAAGCACCGGUGACCUUGGAGUGGACGACUACUGGGCGUUCUUCAUCGCUGGUGCCGUGGAGAUACCUGCACUGCUUUACGCUACCGUUGGUAUUCGCUGGUUCGGGCGUAAACCCAACAUGGUUGUCCUGGAGCUGAUUGGAGGUGCGGCGUGCCUAGCAACGAUAUUCAUUGAAAGUUCCACAGCAAAGACAGUGGUGGCCAUGGUGGGCAAAUUCUGUAUAACCGCCACAUUCAAUACGAUAUACCUAUGGACCAGUGAGAUGUUUCCAACACCAGUCAGGACCGUUGCAAUUGGUAUGUGUUCCGUAGCUGCUCGUGUGGGUGGUAUAGUCGCGCCGUUGAUGCUCAACAUGGCCGAUGUGAUACCAAACCUACACCUGAUAGUGUUUGGUCUCGUGACUAUAGUUGCUGGUGUCUCACUCAUCCCAUUGCCUGAGACUAAUGGCAAGAAACUACCAGAAACAAUGGCUGAAGGGGAGGAGUUUGGCAAAUUUGCAUGUAUGAAAAAAUGGGCCUGGGGCAGUAACACGUAUAAGACCGACGAUGACGACGAUGACGUAGUGAUGGAAAUGGGCACGAUGGAGACUGUCAACCCGGCCUACGUACCGGACGUUGAAGACCCUUCAUCCCGCCCAGAAAACGAGAAAGGUUGCCAGUUCCCUGAAAGACCCCGGAAACGAAGUAAGAAGACUGGUUCUGGAAAGAAGGGUCAUGACCAACGUCCGGAAGACCAGGUCAAAGUUCAGGAUCCCGGAAGUGAGAAGGGAACGGUGACUGGCAGUGAUGGAGAUAGUGACGGUGAAGGAAUCGAUCUUUAA